GGCCCGUAGGCAAGCUGCAAGUGCCACGUGUCACCUCCUGCAUGUGACUGAGGGAGUGCAGGGGAGCACGGCGGCUGCCACUUCCCCACAGCAAGGGGACGCCGGCACGGCAGGAGCGCAGGGCCAGCACAGAUCUGCAGCGAGGGCUCCUGACAGGCAGAAGAGGAGACAGCAGUGCAGUGACAGGCUGGGCUGAGUGCUGAGCACCCCGCAUGCCGCUGUGCCUGAAGGCUCCCGUCAGCAUGAGGGACGAUUGCCCCUCGUCAGUGCCGCGGUAUGGCCGGUACAGGCCGCGUCUGAGGGCCUCGCGCACUGUGCACUUCCCCAACGACGUCGUCUUUCAGGACCACAUCAAGCAGGGGGACCUGGAGCAGGUGGGCAGGUUCAUACGAGCCAGGAAGGUGACACUGGACACCAUCUACCCUUCUGGCAUGGCAGCCCUCCAUGAAGCCGUGCUAACGGGAAACCUGGACUGCGUCAAGCUCCUGGUGAAAUACGGCGCUGACAUCCACCAGAGAGAUGAGAACGGGUGGACGCCCCUGCACAUGGCCUGCAGCGACGGCUACGCUGACAUAGCCAGGUACCUCCUGUCCCUCGGGGCAAGCCUGGAGGCCACCACUGAUGACGGAGAGAAACCCUCGGACCUCAUCGACCCCGAAUACGAGGACCUGGUGCAGCUGUUCGGAGCCAGCGCGCUGCGCUGAGCCGCGCACGGCGAAAAGCGGCCCCGAGAGCCUCGGGGCCGGGCCGGGCCGGGGGGCUGCGCCUGCCC